AUGCAAGGCUGCUACACCUGCUGCCGCUCCUUCGCCCGCGAGCUGGUGUACAACCUCGAGCUGCGCUUGAACGGGGCGAAGCUCUUCAUGCCCCGCUCGUGGCCGAGGGGCGCCGAGGCUAGAGACGCCGAGUGCAAGGAGCACCUGCACGGCCUCGUCCAUCUGUUCCAGGCCAAGAACCGGGACACGAUCUUGCCAGAGAAGGAGCGGGCCAAGGCCAAGUUUGUUAAGGGGAGUGGCCGCCGGCUGGUGCAGGUGGAGGAGGAGCUAGAUGAGGGCAUGAGUGGUUCUGCAGGCGAUGACAGUGAGAGUGAUGAUGAUGGCAGCAGUAGCAGUAGCGUUUCUUCUUCAGAUGAUGACAUGAGCUAG